GUUGUCGCCGUCGCACCGUCGUCGUCGUCGCUCACGUCGCUUACGUCGCCCCUCACAUCAUAAUCGUGCACCGUGCAGUGAUCGCCGUAUACAGACACGCGCCAGUCGCCGCACACCAUCAAUCGCUCGAGCACGUGUGCGCACGUCCGACGCGAUUCAAAGAGGGCAUAAGCGGCGGGCGUGGAUUCAACCGACUCAACGGAAAAUAAUUGGUUGAACAAGGAAUCAUAAUUUGUUCAAAUAUUUUGUUCGUUUGACAGUACAGUUUUAAGAUGGCUGAACUUCGAAAUUAUAAGAAUGAUCAAUCAUUUAUGAAGACGAUAUUAAGAAGGAAAAAGGAAUCCGAUUUGAGCACUGAGCCAAUGAAAAAUCAACUUAGCCGUGUAUUAGGACUACAAGAUUUGAUUUCACUUGGCGUUGGUUCAACUCUUGGACUUGGCGCUUAUGUACUAGCUGGAGAAGUGGCGGUAAAGUUUACCGGGCCUGCAGUCGUUUUGUCAUUUGCUUUUGCAGCUGUAGCAUCGGCACUGUCAGGAUUAUGCUAUGCCGARUUUGCUAGUCGUGUACCAAAAGCCGGGUCAGCAUAUGCGUUCAGUUAUGUGGGUAUUGGUGAAAUAGUGGCAUUUCUCAUUGGUUGGGAUUUAAUAUUAGAAUACAGUAUCGGAUGUGCCAGCAUUGCAAGAGCUUUAAGUGGGCAUAUUGAUAAACCACUUGGUUAUCCAAUGAGAUCAUUCUUCAUAAAAACAUUUCCAAUGAACGUGGAGUUCUUGGCACCAUACCCAGAUCUUUUUUCAUUCACAUCUAUACUAUUGUUAACAUUGUUGAUUGCAUGGGGAAUGAAAGAAUCGUCCUUACUUAACAAGAUAUUUACUGUUGUCAACCUGCUUACAGUUAUCACAGUAGUCAUGACUGGUCUAUAUAAAAUCGAUAUUUCCAAUUGGAGUUUACCAAAAGAGAAGAUACCACUGAAUAUUGAAGGCGGAGAAGGUGGAUUUUUGCCAUUUGGAUGGUCCGGAGUGUUCGUGGGAGCUGCAACGUGCUUUUAUGGAUUCGUUGGAUUCGAUGCCAUAGCCACUACCGGUGAAGAAGCCAAACGACCUACACGAGACAUACCUUUGGCAAUAGUCAUAUCGUUAUCAAUCAUCACUUUAUCGUAUUGCAGCGUUGCUACCAUAUUGACACUUAUGUGGCCAUACUAUUUACAGGACCCGGAAGCUCCUUUUCCACAUAUAUACCAACAGUUGGGAUGGCAUGCUCUCGAAUGGAUCGUUACGAUUGGAGCAGUGUUUGCUUUAUGCACAAACAUGAUCGGUACACUGUUUCCGUUACCCAGAAUAUUAUACUCUAUGGCAUCCGACGGGUUAUUGUUUCACAUUUUUUCUAAAGUUGAUCCCAAKACAAAAACUCCAUUUUGGGGUACAUUCAUAUGUGGAGCUUUUGCUGCGAUUUUGUCCAGUCUUUUCGAUCUACAACAAUUAAUGAACAUGAUGUCGAUUGGUACAUUGAUGGCUUACUCACUCGUGUGCAUUUGUGUUCUGAUUUUGCGGUACACGAACGAUAAUCCCGAAGAGUGUAAAAUUAGAGACAACGGUCGUUUUCGAGUUUCCCUUAUGAGACUAUUAUCAUCUAGUUUCAAUCUUCCAAAGUCGCAGAUCACAACAAAAAACACUGGUCGUACCUCCAUCAUAAUUAUUUUGGUUUACMUCGUCGUAUCAGUAUGCUUCUGCUCAUCCGUCUCUAUCGUCCAAAUUGAAGGAAAAUUCAACAUGGUCACCUAUGUGGCAAGUAUUGUUUCCGGUGUGAGUUUGUUGGUGCUUUGCUAUUCAUUAUCCCGACAACCACAGUCUACAAAUCGGCCAACAUUCCAUGUGCCUUUUGUUCCAGUCGUGCCGUGCCUAAGUGUCGUCCUCAAUAUCUACCUAAUGACGCAACUGGACACUUCCACCUGGAUACGAUUCACCGUAUGGCUGUUCAUCGGCUUAUUGAUUUACCUAUUCUACGGACUUCGAUACAGCGUAGAACGGUUGAACCAGCGGCGGAUGGAGGACGAGACGUAUUUGAAGCAGAUACGUUAUGAAAUCCAAGUAUAUUAGUGCGAGGGGUGUGAU